UCGUGCGUUGGUUGCAACGUCCGGCUCACGCAAUCGUUACACGAAAGCGCCUGGCCACACCACCACCACCACCGCCGCCACCCGCGUGGGUUGGUUAAACACUGGCCCCCACAGCGUCUUGUGCAACGUUGACAUAGUUGGUUGGAAGAGGAGGUGGGGAGGGGCGGUGGUGAAACAAACGAUUGAGAUUUAAUCUGCGGCUGGAUGCUGCCCAGGGGCAGAAUUCACGACAGAAGCAGCCGCUCGUUUUCACGCGUUCGAGCCGCGAUCCACGCAGUACGGGGGGGGGGGGGCAGUGCUCUCAACCCUUUAAACAUUGAUUAUAUACUUCAAUUAAACUUGUUCUUAUCGCUGCUGCUGCUGUUGCAAUAACAAGAGCUACCUGUCGUCGUUAUUAUAGUACAAGUAUUUUACGUGCAAUAAAUACGGAGCCACCGUUAGCUCGGCACUUUUUUUUUGAGUACUGUACUCGACCUCAGCCCAUGGCUACUGCUCAAGAAUGCACCUCCCGGGAGGAAAUGACAAAGUUCUGGAAGGAGCACUCACAAGAGGCUACACUGGAGCAGAUGAUGCUCGAUUCCAAGGCCUCUACUCUGGCUGAGGAGGAGAAGCCGGAAAUCCUCUCGCUGUUGCCAAACCUGGAUGGAACCGACAUCCUGGAGCUGGGAGCUGGCAUUGGACGUUUUACUGGACACCUAGCCAAGAUUGCCAACCACGUGACCGCAGUGGAUUUCAUGGAGAACUUCAUUGCGAAGAACAAGGAAGACAACGGUCACCGUGGAAACCUGACCUUCCUGCAGGCUGACGUGACUCAGCUGGAUUUUCCAGCCAACAGCUUCGACGUCAUCUUCUCGAACUGGUUGUUUAUGUACUUGACGGAUGAAGAGCUCCUGGUACUCGCCAGAAAGAUGCUCACUUGGCUGCGACCUGGCUGCCAUCUCUUCUUCCGCGAGUCUUGCUUCACCCAGUCUGGCGAUGGUCAUCGAAACUUUAACCCAACCAAGUAUCGUAAACCGGCUGCGUACAACCACCUGUUGCAGCUGGGUAGCCUGCCUGUGCCUAACAAGGAGGACAAGAGUGUAGGCUUUGAGAUUGUAAUGUCCAAGUCGGUCCAGACGUACAUCAAGUUCAAGAACAACAAGAACCAGAUGUGCUGGCUAAUGCAGAAGGUCCAGCGGGACCAGGCUGCUAACUACGGAUUCGCCACCUUCCAGCAGUUUCUGGACACGCAGCAGUACUCGUCCCGUUCCAUUCUUCGCUAUGAGAAAAUCUUUGGCCACGGCUUUGUCAGCACAGGUGGCCGCCAGACCACCGAGGAGUUUUUGGCCAUGCUGGGACUGCGACAAGGACAGAAGGUCCUGGAUGUUGGCUGUGGCAUUGGAGGGGGCGACUUUUUGAUGUCUAAGUUAUACGGAGUGGAAGUGCUUGGCGUUGAUUUGUCAUCCAACAUGGUGGCGAUAGCCAUGGAGAGAGCUGUGGAAGAAGACGCCCCAUUGGUGCAGUUUGAGAUCAGCGACGCCACCAAGCGCGUGUUCCCAGAAAAUUCGUUCGACGUGGUUUAUAGCCGAGACACCAUCCUCCACAUCGCCGACAAAGUGGCACUCUUCAAGAGUUUUUAUGCUUGGUUGAAGCCUGGAGGCAAGUUGCUCAUAACCGACUACUGCUGCGGUGCCAAGCCUUGGUCUGGUUUGUUUGAGGCUUACGUGAAGGACCGUGGAUACAUUUUGUACGAAGUCUCUCAGUAUGGCAAGUUCCUGGAGGCGGCAGGGUUUGUGCGUGUGAAGGCGGAGGACAGAACAAACCACUUCAUCGAGGUGGCCAAACAGGAGGUGGCUCGCACAGAGCUCGUCAAGGACGAGUUUGUGAAGGAAUUCUCACAAGAUGACUACGACUACAUCGUCAAGGGCUGGCAGGAGAAACUCUACCGGUGUGAGCUGGGCGACCAAAAGUGGGGCCUGUUCUACGCCGAGAAGGCCACCGCCCCCGCCUGCUAUUGAAUAUACAAAAGUGCCUUUUUGCAGGAGCACGCACGUGCACUCCCUCCCGCUGAAUAUUGAUGUGUGCAGCGUUCGCAAAAAAAAAAAACUAAGCUUGUUACUCAUUGUUUUUUUUUUCGGUAAAGUCACGUAUGUAGUAAAAUUAUAUUCAAAUA